GUUGCUUUGGGUUGUGCAGUACUUCAGCUGCACUUUCCCACCUGCGUGACUAGAUAAAGUUUUCUUAGCUCCUCUGCAAGACUGUUGUAUGAAGACCUACUAGCAAAAAUGUUCAUCUUUCGCUGCCUUGCUGUUGUCACCGCUUUGGCUGUACUAGUGGACAUCGCAUCUGGAGUAGAGCUUGCGUGCAUGCUUCCCUUCCACUACGGCGACAUCCACUGCGACAAGUCCGUCAGCACGCGCUACUACUACGACGUGUUCAGCGACAGCUGCUACCCCUUCCCUUACAGGGGCUGCGGUGGCAACGGCAACAACUUCCAGAGCGAGGCUGCCUGUCUCUUGAGCUGCCAAAGGAGUUAGGCCCCGACACUUGCGUCCAUCCACUUUUCCACGUUUGGCCUUCUACCGACUAAAACAAUCACACAGAGGAACAAUAGUAAUUAUGGGAAAUCUAAAAAUAUAAAGUUUCUGAUAAGGAAAUGUUUCACACUGAGGAUAAAUGCAUGUCAAUUCGAUGUCGAUUGUUCAUGAAUUUGUCUCCGAGCUAUCUGCUUUCUCUCGCUGAUCAUUGUAAUAAUAAUUCAAAGAAUAAAAAAUAUUGAAAACUUA